AGAUGGGAAGCAAUUACUUUGGGGAGAUGAACAUAGGAUCAUCAGGAAAUGAAAGAUCUUCAAGAAAAAACAGGAAGAACAAUAAUAAUUCAGAAAAACCUAAGCAACCACAAAGAGGACUUGGUGUUGCUCAGUUGGAGAAGAUGAGGCUUCAUGGUCAGAUUAAUGGUUGUUCAUAUCUUUCUCCAUAUCCAACUACUGCCUUUAACCAGGAGGAUUUGAGGCUUCAAACACCAUAUUCAUCAUCAUCUUCAUUGUCUUCUUCAAGCUCUUAUGGAUAUCAAGGUCAUCAGAGUUUUCUGAUGGGCAUGAAUGAAUUUAGCCGAACAAACAUAAACUUUGGUGAUUCCCAUGCCAAAAUAGCAAGGUGGAAUAAUACUGCUGGCAAUGGAAUGACAGAUGGCCGCCACUAUGUUGAUCAAACUAGUAUGACUGGACACUUCUUUAACACACAAGAGGACAUACAAAAGAAUUAUCGAGGUGACCGAAUGACUUCUAUUCAAAACUGUGACACGAGUUAUGGCAAUGAAGAGGUGGAUUUGGAACUCAGGUUAUCGCUAUAG